UAGUGCAGAAGUUUUUAUAAAGUAAAUUCAAUCGCUUACAGUAGAUAUAAGCGUUCCCACGGCUCUGCUCUGGACAAGUAGUAUAUAUUGACUCAUCUUCUCUGUAUCUCUUCGUAAAGAAAAAUAUUGUUCCUUCUGAAAGUUUUCAUGAUGACCAUGUCAUGUUUACGUUUGCAUUUUCUCUUCGUACUCUUACUUUCUUGUGUCUUUUCUUCAAGCAACUUAACGAUAAAUGCUCUUUUUGUUGAACAUCCUGCUUGUCGUCCAGACCAGAUGCGAGCUCUCGUGCAGUUCAGAAACGAGUUUGAAUCCCGGAGUUGCAACAAGAGCGAAUACUUUCACGGUGUCAUGUGCGAUAACACGACAGGUGCUGUCACAAAGCUAAAACUCCCAAGUGGCUGCUUAACCGGAAUUCUCAAACCCAACAGUAGCCUUUUCGAGUUGCAUCAUCUUCGUCACCUCGAUCUGUCUAGCAACAACUUCACGUCUUCUCCAUUCCCUUCUGGUUUAAGCAACCUCAACAGAUUAGAGGUCCUGUCGCUUUCCUCUAAUGGCUUCAUAGGUCAGGUUCCUUCCUCAUUUAGUAACUUGACCCAGCUUUCAUAUUUAGACCUUUCCCUUAACGAGCUCACGGGUAGUUUCGAUCUUGUCCGCAAUCUGAGUACACUCUCCCUUUUGGACCUUUCCUCUAACCACUUUUCUGGAACUCUGGAUCCUAGCAGUAGCCUGUUCGAGUUGCGUCACCUUAUUUACCUCGAUCUCUCUUACAACAACUUAGUUUCCUCUUCAGUUCCUUCUGAAUUUGGCAAUCUCAACAGAUUGGAGGUCUUGUCUCUUUCCAACAGUGGCCUCCAAGGUCAACUUCCUUCCUCUUUUGGUAACCUAAGUCGGCUAGAAGUGCUGAACCUUCAACAUAGCGAGCUCACUGGUACCCUGGAGCCUAUCUCAAAGCUCACCACCCUUAAGCAGCUUGACCUUUCUUUUCUAAACAUAAACUACCCAAUUGACUUAAACCUAUUCUCCUCUCUCAGUUCUUUACUAAUCCUUGAUCUUUCCGGUAAUAGUAUAUCACCUACUACUUUCAGUUCAAAUCCAGACCUCCCAUUGAGCUUGGAAGUAUUGGAUUUGUCCGGCUGCGGCAUCAGCCAGUUCCCAGGCUUCUUAAAAGGCCUUCAUAAUUUGGAAAGCGUGUACAUUUCCAAUAAUAACAUCAAAGGGAAAGUCCCUGAGUGGUUCUGGAGCUUUCCUCGUUUGAGGAUAGUAAAUCUUGUUAACAAUUCUUUCACAGGGUUUGAAGGUUCCGGUGAAGCUUUAGUGAAUUCAUCGGUGAAGAUACUAGAUUUGGCUUUAAACCAUUUCCAAGGACCGUUUCCUAAUCCACCACACUCUCUCACCGUCCUAUCUGCAUGGAACAAUAGUUUCACUGGGAGCAUACCUCUUGCAAUAUGCAACCAGACCAUGCUUGCUCUUCUUGAUCUCUCCUACAACAACUUCACCGGUUCAAUUCCUCCAUGUCUGAGUAAUUUUCAGACCUCACUCAUUGUUGUGAAUCUCCGGAAGAACAAAUUAGAGGGAAGCCUUCCAGACAUGUGUUAUGAUGGUGCCUUGCUUCGGACACUUGAUGUUGGUUUCAAUCAACUAAGUGGGAAGCUUCCGCGGUCUCUUCUGAAUUGCACCUCUCUGAAGUUUCUAAGUGUGGACGACAACAAAAUCAAAGACACAUUUCCUUUCUGGCUCAAGGACUUGCCUUACUUGCAAGCUCUUACCCUCCGUUCAAACAGAUUCUACGGUCCUCUAUCUCCUUCGGGUCAAGGUCUUUUCGCCUUUCCUGAGCUGCGUAUACUCGAAGUAUCACAUAACAACUUUACAGGAAGCUUGCCCUCAAAUUACUUUGUGAACUGGAAAGCAUCAUCACUUCAGAUGAUUGGAGAUGGGGAGUUGUAUAUGGCAGACAACAGCAUUGCUGACUACACCUAUCAAGAUACCAUAGACUUGCAAUACAAAGGUCUAUUCAUGGAGCAAGGGAAGGUUCUUACUUCCUAUGCCACCAUUGAUUUCUCCGGAAACAGACUUGAAGGACAUAUUCCUGAAUCUAUAGGCCUCUUGAAGACACUGAUUGCACUCAACUUAUCCGACAACGCCUUCACGGGACAUAUUCCUCUGUCUUUGUCAAAUGUUUCGGAGCUCGAGUCACUAGAUCUAUCAGGUAACCAACUCACAGGGACUAUUCCUAAAGGACUCGAGAGACUCUCAUAUCUGGCGUACAUAAGUGUAGCUCACAACCAUCUCACUGGUGAAAUACCACAAGGAACACAGAUCACUGGGCAGCCUAAAUCCUCAUUUGAAGGGAAUGAAGGACUUUGUGGUUUACCUCUCGAAGAAAGUUGUUUUGGUACUAACGCACCACCAAUGCAACAACAGCAAGAUCAAGAAAAAGAAGAGGAAGAAGUGUUGAACUGGAAAGCAGUGACAAUGGGAUAUGGUACUGGACUGUUGCUUGGAUUGUCAAUAGCACAAGUCAUCGCUUCAUACAAACCGGAGUGGCUUGUCAAGAUAGCUGGUCUGUAUAAAUGCAGAACCUGUUAGGAUCAUAUGUUUGCCCAAAGCUUUGUUCUGUUUCCUUUUUCAUAAUGUAAGAAAGCUAAAAUUUCUGAAGUCAUAAUUAUAGAUAUAUAUCA